CUUUAGCAGCCUUUUUACGAACAACAUAAUGUGAAUUGUAGAUCCCUAUUAUAUGUAUUCCUGAUGCUUCAGUAGUUUUAUCAUGAUUGCCAUACAUUUGUUCGCUAAAUCCAUUCUUCAUAGACCAUGUCUGGUGACUGUUCCGUUUCCGGUCAAUGUGACGAUCCCAUGAAUACCCAUCAAGCUGAUGAGGACGAUUUGAAGACGAUGGAAACGGAAACAAUAGUUGAAGAAUUUGUCAGAUUAAAGCUAAAACAAAGUGCAGGGAUUGUUCAACGCCGGCGAACUUCAACUGAUAUGGAGACACAAGCUUUAAUUGGUCGUCUUAUAGAAAUAUCAAAUGAGUUAGAAGCUCAAUAUGGCGAACGAUUAAAUCAAGAUGCUGAAAUGUGGAUCAAGUCAGCCACCUAUGAAAAGUUUCUACAGAUUGCAAAAGGAGUUUUUUCGGAUGGGAUUAUUAAUUGGUCACGAAUUGUGGUAUUGUUCAUGUUCGCUGUCAAAGUGGUAGUCAAUGCAAUUUCAAAAGGAUUUAGUGGUCUUGCUGGUGAUGUCAUAAAAUUUGUUGUUAAAUUUGUUUUUAUUCAUGGUAUAUACAAAUGGGUCGAGAGUCAUGGUGGUUGGAUCUUCUGGAAUCGGAUAGUUGUUACGACUGGGAAAAGGACGAUUAAUAGUUGAAUAUUCACAGAGAUUUUGAUGUCUUGAUCCUAAUCGUUUCAUUUCCUUAUAAAUUCUGCCUGUUCUUACUGUAGCUAAACAAAUAACAAUGAUAAUAAUAACACUAAUGGUAAUAAAUGUGAUAUGUCAAACAUUAGGAUUUAAUAACAAAUAUAUAUU